AUGCACAAUUUUCGGACGUCUCAACGUCCUGACAUCGUUGAUAGGCUGCCCUUGCAGAAGAUUGCGCCUGUUGUUUGGCAGCUUCCUUUGUUCGUGACAAACGUCAAGAAGGAAAUCAGAAUUCAAGAUGUUCAAGUGGAGCAUUCAGAGAAAUUCAUCACUUUCCGGGAUGACCCUGAAGGGUCUCAGAACUCCAAACUUCAUCAGGAAAGAGGGUGGCUUGAUUCCGUCCAUGAAGGAAAGGAACGUAAGUCCGUCCAUGAAGGAAAGGAAGGGCCGGCUGCUCACAUGAAGUGGUGCAAUGCCUCAUCUCCGGGUAAAGCUCUGCUAGGGGUGAUGCAACGCCGAAACGUGCGACAAUUUUUCGUUCUGGGUGGUGAUGGAACGCACAAGGGGGCCAUGAGCUCAUUCACUUCAAUGACGGAGAUCAACCACGAGUGUGCCGUGGUUGGCGUUCCCAAGACCAUUGACAAUGACAUCACGCUUGUGGACCAGACCUUCGGCUUCGACACUGCCUGUACAGAGGCGCGGAAGGCCAUCGAUUCGGCCUACGUGGAAGCAACGACCAACGCCAACUGCAUCGGAUUGGUCAAGUUGAUGGGUCGGCAUUGCGGAUGGAUCGCGGCAUUGGCCUCGAUCGCUGCGCGCAAUGCAGAUGUGUGCCUCAUCCCAGAGAUGAACAUCAACUUGGAAAAGCUGAUGGACUAUGUCACUGAGGUCAUGAAACGCCAGAAGUACGCCGUGAUCGUCGUUGCCGAAGGCUGUGGUGAUACCAUCAUCAGCAGCGGUGCAGGCACUGAUGCUGGCGGCAACAAGGUACUUGCCGAUGUAGGCCCAUUCUUGAAGGAUGCCAUCACAAAGCACAUGAAGAGCUUAAAGAUGCCAUGCACCAUCAACAGUCUCUCGGGCACAAUGGACACGACGAAUCUUCGUAUGUGCCGAUAUAAUCUGAAGAUUGUGCAUCAACACCGCAUGGAUCGCUUGCCCAUGGUGCUCCAAGAGCUGCCAAAGGGACUUCACAGCUACAUUUCCCUGCCGCGAUACGCAUCCAUGAAGUCUCACGUGGACAAUGUUUUGCUGCAGGUCUAUAUGGUCACCAGGCGACUUCGAUACCUCACCUUAGUCAGCAGCUGUAUUUUGGUGCUGAGCCUGUUCUCGUAUUUUGUGCUCUUACUGAUUCACAUCCAGGAAGAUUGCGAUGAAAUGUUGGGUUACAUGCUUCCAGCGGUUGGUCCCCUGCUGUGCUUCACCGGGCAUUGGAUGCUUCACAAGUACCGGCGCCAGCGCUGCAGCGCUGAGCUGGCGAAAGCGCUGAAGCAUCUGCGGGGCUUGCUGGCCUGGGAGAAUCAGAAAUUCAACGGCAUCAAACUGUUGCUGAAGUCCAAAAGUCUGGAGCACGCGCAUCCCAAGGAGCUCGAUGCUCACAUUGAAGUGACCUUGUGGCUGGAUGCACGGAGUCGAUGUCUAGUGGAACCUUCAGAAGUCUUUGGAGACGUGAGCCUCAUCCCUGAGGAUGAGGACUACAUGUCACCUGGCACGACUGGCGGGACGUCCAGGGAGAAUGACUUCUUUGAUAUCACUGACGGAGCGGUGACGGGCAUAGAAGAAGAUUGCACCGUGAAAGUCUAG